AAUAUAUACCACCUCCCUCAUAUCCCUUUAUUAUCAACAUCACAAUGUCUCCUCCUGCAUACAAACUAUUCCAAUUCCUACUCCAAUUCCUUACUAUUAUACGCCUCCUUCCCCUCAUUUCUACCACAACCGCCCUUCCUUUUUCUUCUCCAAACCACUUGCAAGUCCCAAAUGAAGUAGGAGCUCUUUUAACAUGGAAGUCAAGCCUUGACCUUAGAAGCCAAUCCCUACUCACAUCAUGGGUUGUUGGUAGCGAUCCUUGCAAUUGGACUGGUAUUGCUUGCGAUGGUGGCCAAAGCAUUACAAGCCUAAACCUUUCAAGUUAUGGGUUAAAAGGUACACUUCAAGAUAUGAGUUUAUCAUCCUUACCGCAUUUACAAGUCAUUGAUCUUUCCAACAACUCUUUUCAUGGUAGCAUUUCUUUUAUUAAAGAAAUGCAUGUCUUAAAAAAUUUAACAACUUUGUAUCUCUAUCAAAAUUGGUUUUCUGGCCACAUUCCUCAAGAAAUUUGGAUGUUAAAGUCUCUUGUUUAUUUGGAAUUAUCCUCAAAUAAUCUCACUGGUCAAAUCCCUACAUCAAUUGGAAAUUUGAGAAACUUAGCAAUUCUUGAUCUCUUUGAGAACCAACUUUCAGGCCAUAUUCCUCAAGAAAUUGGGUUGUUAAUAUCUCUUGUUGAUUUGCAAUUAUACACCAAUAAUCUCACUGGCCAAAUCCCAACUUCAAUUGGGAACUUGCAAGUUUUAACAACCCUAGAUCUCACUAGGAACCAACUUUCAGGCGACAUUCCCCAAGAAAUUGGAUGGUUAACCUCUCUUGUUAAUUUGGGAUUGGGUUCAAAUAAUUUCACAGGUCAAAUCCCUACUUCAAUUGGAAACUUGCAAAAGUUAACAACCCUUUAUCUAUGGGGGAACAAACUUUCAGGCCACAUUCCUCAAGAAAUUUGGAUGUUAAAGUCUCUUGUUAAUUUGGGAUUAUCCUCAAAUAAUCUCAUAGGUCAAAUCUCUACUUUAAUGGGGAACUUGAGAAAUAUAACGACCCUUUAUCUCUUUGAGAACCAACUUUCAGGCUAUAUUCCUCAAGAAAUUGGGUUGUUAACAUCUCUUACUGUUUUGCAAUUAUACACAAAUAAUCUCACUGGCCAAAUCCCAACUUCAAUUGGGAACUUGCAAGUUUUAACAACCCUAUAUCUCACUCGGAACCAACUUUCAGGCAACAUUCCCCAAGAAAUUGGACGAUUAACCUCUCUUGUUAAUUUGGGAUUGGGUUCAAAUAAUUUCACAGGUCAAAUCCCUACUUCAAUUGGAAACUUGCAAAAGUUAACAACCCUUUAUCUAUGGGGGAACAAACUUUCAGGCCACAUUCCUCAAGAAAUUUGGAUGUUAAAGUCUCUUGUUAAUUUGGGAUUAUCCUCAAAUAAUCUCAUAGGUCAAAUCUCUACUUUAAUGGGGAACUUGAGAAAUUUAACGACCCUUUAUCUCUUUGAGAACCAACUUUCAGGCUAUAUUCCUCAAGAAAUUGGGUUGUUAACAUCUCUUACUGUUUUGCAAUUAUACACAAAUAAUCUCACUGGCCAAAUCCCAACUUCAAUUGGGAACUUGCAAGUUUUAACAACCCUAUAUCUCACUCGGAACCAACUUUCAGGCAACAUUCCCCAAGAAAUUGGACGAUUAACCUCUCUUGUUAAUUUGGGAUUGGGUUCAAAUAAUUUCACAGGUCAAAUCCCUACUUCAAUUGGAAACUUGCAAAAUUUAACAAGCCUUUAUCUAUGGGGGAACAAACUUUCAGGCCACAUCCCUCAAGAAAUUGGGUUGUUAACAUCUCUUGUUGAUUUACAAUUGGAAAAAAAUAAUCUCACUGGUCAAAUCCCAACUUCAAUUGGGAACUUGCAAAAUCUAACAACUCUUUAUCUAUGGAGGAACCAACUUUCAGGUUACAUUCCUCAAGAAAUUGGGUUGUUAACUUCUCUUGUUGAGUUGGAUUUGAGCUCAAAUAAUCUUGAAGGUCAAAUCCCUACUUCAAUUGGGAACUUACGAAGUUUAUCAACUCUACAUCUAUUUGAGAAUCAACUUUCAGGUCAAAUUCCUCAAGAAAUUGGAUUGUUAACUUCUCUUGUUGAUUUGGAAUUGGACUCAAAUAAUCUCAAAGGUCAAAUCCCUACUUCAAUUGGGAAGUUAUGGAAAUUAACAAAAUUGUUUCUCAGGAAUAAUGAACUGAAUGGCAGCAUUCCUUCAGAGUUAAAUAACCUGACUCUCUUAGUUUACUUUGAUUUAUCAGAUAAUCACCUCUUUGGUCAAUUGCCUGAAAAUUUGUGCUUUGGUCAUGCACUAGAAUAUUUGGCUGUCAAAAACAAUAACUUCAUAGGAAAGAUUCUCAAAACACUGAAAAAUUGCACCUCUCUUCUCAGAGUACAUCUUGAAAACAAUCAAUUCUCAGGAGACAUCUUUGAAGAUUUCGGAGUUUAUCCGGACCUAAACUACAUUAAUUUGAAUAACAAUUCUUUCUAUGGCCAUCUAUCUUCUAGUUGGGGAAAUUGCCCAAAACUUGGUACUUUGAAGAUUUCAAUGAACAGAAUUUCUGGAAAACUCCCACCAAAUCUUAGCAAUGCCUCUCAGAUUGGUAUUAUUGAUCUCUCAUCAAAUAAACUAGUUGGAAUGAUUCCUAAGGCUUUGGAAAACCUGACAUUGUUAACUAUCCUUAAGUUGGAUAACAACAGAUUUUCAGGCAACAUAUCACUAGAAAUUGGGAAAUUACCUCAACUUUUGAACUUCAGCAUAGCCGCAAAUAAUUUUGCUGGAUUGCUUCCGGAGGAGUACUUUGAAAGAGGUCAAGUGUUAAUAGACUUGAAUUUGAGUAAAAAUAUGUUUGUUGGGGAGAUUCCUUAUGGUAUGGGAAACAUGAAAUCGCUUGAAAGCCUUGAUCUAAGUCACAACAUGCUCUCUGGUCACAUACCAAUGCAAUUUGACGAACUAACAAGUUUACAAAUAUUGAACUUAUCACACAACAAUUUGUCAGGACAUAUCCCUUCUAGUCUUGGUCAAUCUUUGGGUUUGAUAUGUGUUGAUGUAUCAUACAAUCGGUUGGAAGGUCCCAUCCCAAACACAAAAGUAUUUCAGGAAGCUCCGUAUGAUGCCUUGAGAAAUAAUAAAGGUCUUUGCGGGAACCAUUCUGGCUUCGAGCCUUGCUCCUCAAACAAUCAAAGAGAUCAUCAUCAGAGAAGAAAUUUGCUCUUAAUCAUACUACUAACAUUUGGAAGUUUGUCUAUGAUUAUUAGCAUUCUUUUCCUAUUAAUUCUUCGGUCAAGGAGCAAUAUUAGAGAAAAGCCAAGGGGAAUUACUAAACAUGUGUUGACAAUAUUGAAUUUUGACGGAAAUAUGGCAUAUGAAAGCAUCAUCGAGGCAACUGGGAACUUUGAUUCAAUAUAUUGCAUUGGUGAAGGAGGGCAUGCAAGUGUUUAUAGGGCUGAGCUACCAAGUGGCCAAAUUGUUGCUAUAAAGAGGUUUCAUGCGAUUGGGCAAGAAGACGAACGAUGUGAACUUGAAAGUUUUUCAAAUGAGGUUCGCACUUUAACAGAGGUUAGACAUCGAAAUAUUGUGAAACUGGUGGACGAAGAGGGUAAAUGUGGUUAA